AUGUUGUUCUCCUCAUCGUCAACGAUAGGCAGCACACAAACACUACUGGCUCCUAUCAUACCGUGUGCAGGUGCUGCGCUUACUGGACUUCAGGGAACUACGGUUGGGGGCUUCUCUGGCCAAGGUGAAGGUCCAGACACGCUAGAUGCUCCGGUUAAUGUUGCACUAACAGCAGCACUAGUUUACAUAGUUGACACCGACAAUCAUCGUGUUAUGAUGUACACGCCACCUGCUCUCACUGGCGUAAUAGUAGCUGGAAACGGAAAUGCAGGUGUGGAACCAGCUGCGAUCAACACUCCCUACGAUGCAGUUAUACUAAGUGCGAAUAGUCAUAUAUUAGUGUGUGAGAAAAAUAAUUCAAUUAUCUCCGAGUGGAUCAAUGAUGCAUAUGUGCAAACAGUGUUUGGACAGUCCGGCAAUAGUGGAAAUACGAUAGCUCUAUUAAAUAAUCCGCAGGGUCUCUAUCUGAAAGACCCUGAUCAGCUGUAUAUCUUGGAUAGCGGAAAUUCUCGAGUACUGCUGUUUGAUUUGACAACGAAUGUGACUACCGAGCUAAUAACUAGUGGUGUCUCACCUGAACCCACUGAUCUCUAUGUCGAUGCAACCAACAAUAUUUACUUAGGUGACGGUCAUCAAAUUAAAAUGUGGUCUGCACCCACUUUGUACUCAGCAUACACAGUGGUCGGUAUUGGUUUAACUGAUAUUAAAGGUAUCUGUGGUGAUCAAAUCAGUGGCUUUUACUACGUUGUUGAUGGAAGUGCAAACUGUGUUAAACGUUUUGUUGUCGAUGGGCCAGAGAGCUAUGGUACUCUACUUGCUGGACAGUGUGGAUCGGCAGGUGCUAAGACAGACUUUACAUUGAAUAAUCCUACGGGAUGUGCGGUAACAGCGGAUGGAGGCCUGUUGAAUGUUGCCGACACUGAUGGCGAAGCGUCUGAAUGGUAUCUCAGCAAUAUGGAUGAUUUGGACACAUGGAGCAAAUUUUGCACCGAAAUAGCUAAAACAUAUUCAUCACCAGCAGCGAAACAAUUGGCAGCACAACAACUGCAAAGUCGCAGACAAGGGUUACAGGAAUCAUUGAUGCAUUAUUAUAAUGACAUUCUUCAGUUAUGUGAAACAAUGGACAGUCAAAUGACAGAUCAAUCCAAAUUAAUUUAUUUAUUACAAGGAUUAAAGUUAUCAUUACACAAAGAGGUAGCACGUCAAGAACCGAAAACACCACUGGAAUUUAUUCAAGUUGCACAAAAAGAAGAACGUUUAGACCAGUCGUAUA